GAUUUCAGUGAGAAUUGUGGGUUUUUCCUUCUUUAACUGAGGGGUACCAACAAUUUUGUCCACGUGUGUAUGUCUCCAAAGCUACAUGUUUACAACUAGACAAAAAUCUCUUCAAGUUUAUAUGGAAAAACAAACCUCAUAAAGUGAAGAAAAUAGUUCUUACCAAUCCUUUGGCUGAAGGAGGACUAAAUGUGCUUACAUUUGUUGUACUUAAAAAAUGUCGAUAGUUUUUGGAACACUAUCCCUAAUUAUCUUUUUCAGAAAAUAGGUGGCCUUAAUUUUCUCUUGAAAUGUCCCUUUCUAAUAGGAAAACUACCAAUCAAACUUGCAAACUUUCAUCAAGUUUUAUUGUGCUGGCAGCUUCUCUACAAACACAAUUACUCUCUUCACCACUGUAUCUUAUGGAACAACUCUUAUAUUAUACACAGAAAUAAGACUUUGUACUUGAACAAUUGGUUUAUGAACAAUGCAAACACUGUAAAGCAACUCUUGAAUAAUGAAUGAAAAAUUUAUGAAAACAUUAAGAAUUUUAGAAAAAUACAACUUUAUUACCCCUUCUUGACACUCUAUAUUUUUAUUUAUUUUUUCUUGUUAUGUGUUUCAUUUAUGACUGUACGAUUAUUGCAAUGUAUGUGUUUUAAGUUUACAUUUGUAUGUUGUUUCUGCUUAAAAGAAAAUAAAGGAUGUUAAAUCUUUUUAAAAAAAAAUGUCUAUGGAACGAGCAAUCUGCAAUGUAUUGUUUUUGUCGUCUUCCGGCGCAGGAGUGUGACGUAGCGCUGCAAAUAUACAAGGGAGGUGUUUAUAGUAAGUUGAGACGCUUCAGCUGCACAAUUUGUCACAAGGGAGAAGAUGCACAACUGGCAGGAGAAUGAAAUCAAAGAACUUUUGAUCAUCCGGGCCUCGGAGGCGGUCCGCAAUCAGAUCACCGGCACCGUGAAGGACUCUGCAGUUUACAACCGGAUGACCAAACUGCUUGCGGAGAAGGGGGUGUUCAGGUCACACAUGCAGGUGAUCAGCAAGCUCAAAGCGCUCCGGAAGCAGUACAGUAAGUACCACCAGCAGAAGACUCGCUGCGGUGGGGACCUCAUCGACUGGCCCUUCUACGAGCUGUGUCACCGGGCGUUCGCCAACGCUCCGGUGGGGAACCCGGUGAGGCGGCACCGGAGUCCCACGUCGUCGCCUCCGCCCCCGAAUACCGCCACGACACUGCCGCUCGCAACCUCCCCUUCACCUCCGCCGCCUCUUCCACCGCCCGCUCCGCCGCCACCCAAUGCCAGCAGGGAGGAGCACCCAGAGGUGGUGGUGAGUCUCUGGGACGAGGUGGACAACCGCGACAUGAACAAGCACCCGGGUCCAGUGGACGAGGAGGAGCAUUACAGCCCGACGGAGCACCUCCACACCAUUAACACUAAUAACGUGGCUUUCAAACCUGAAAGUGGGCUGUGGAGUUCAGAGGCAUACACGGUUCCAACAAAGAAAAAGAAAACCACCGUGAUGGAGCAAGUUUCUACUCUGGUGUCGGCGACCGUCGCCCAGCUCAGAGAAAUGGACGCCGCCAUGCAGGUGCAGGAGGAUGCCCGGCUGCAGAGGUUAAUGGACCACGAGAGGGAAAUGCAGAACAAUCUAAUGAGUCAGCUCAUCGCCAUGCAUGAACGGAUCAGUCGAGAAAACCACGAGAGACACCUGGAACUGGUGGACAGAGUAUUGUCCAGGUUCCCUUCACAGUCGGGACCUUCAGACCACUGAUGGAGUCUUCCUGGGUGGGUGAUGAGCUGACUAGUGCCUAAGCCUGUUUUGUUUUUACUGUGUUUCUCAACGUGAGGGAAAUAAUUGACUCUUGCCUUUUAACCUCAGCUCUGCCUAACUGUGGCUGCGACCGAUUCAGGAUGGAAACCAGCUCAUGGUCACACUACAGUUGGUCUGCUUGGGUUUUUUCAUUUUCACCUGUUUACUGAUUAAACCCCUAAAACCUCAUCUCUGCUGAUCAGAAUAACAUGUUAAGAUCCUUUCUUUUUUUCCUCCACUGAAAACACUAAAACUAAUUCAGCCACAAAUCAGAAAUGGAUUUUAAAGACUAAUAAUGACACAGAAAGCACCAUGUUGGAAAUUCCCAGAAUUUUUGUUACGUUUGUUGUGUUAAGCUUUGGAAGUCUUUGUUUUGUUUUGUUUUUUAAGAACGCCAUCGGUACACUGCAUUUUUAAUGGUGCUGGCUGCUUAUUUCAAUCAUGAUAUGUCGUCUAACUUAUUAAGCUCAGUGAAGGUACAUUAACCGUCUGAACACCCGAUUAUUUUCUGCUCCUGUUACAUUUUUAUAAAUUUUCAGUACAAUAUACAUCACAGGCAUGACUAGAAGGAGAGACGCUGUCUUUUCUGUGGACCUUUAUGACAUAAUUCAUAUAAAGGACAAAACAAACAUUGAAUUUCUUUUAUUUUUGCAACAGUUGAAAACCUGGAAUUAUGUACAAUAUUUUUCAAAAUAGACACUGUUAAUACUUUACUACCUGCAUUUACAAAAAAUCUCUAUAUAUUUCUAUCAGCUCUGUGUAAAGACUGCGUGCAGUUCAGUUGACAAGUCACUGAUUAAUUUCUUUUCACUUCACUGUAGGCCGCAGGUAACAAAGCCUUCCCGUUUUUUUUUGUUUGUUUUUUUUAAAUAAUUUAUUUUUUAAUUAAAUCUGGGUCAAGUAAAUGCUAUGUUUUUGGUUACCUUUUAAAUAAGACCUGUAAAAUAAAGUGAUUUUGAAGAAAUGUCCCAAUUUUAA